CAGACCCCCACAACAGCAGCACCGCAGCCUCAGCAGCAGCUCUGGGUUAAACAUCCAUUCAUCCAUUUAUCCUCUAACCGGGAGGAGGGAGCCUUCAGUUUCCGGGAGAAAGAUGCUGGAAAACGGCAUGAAGGUGGUGUUGAAGCAGGGUCUGCUGGAGAAGAGGAGCGACGGCUUGCUGCAGCUCUGGAAGAAAAAGCGGUGCGUCCUGACCGAGGAGGGGGUGCUGCUGCUGCCACCCAAACAGCACGAGCCCAAACAGCACGAGCAUGGAGGUCCAGGUGGAGGAGACACAGGGAAAGUGAAAGAGCUGCACUUUGCCAACAUGAAAACCGUGGAUUGCGUGGAGCGUAAAGGCAAGUACGUUUACUUCACCGUGGUCAUGGUGGAGGGGAAGGAGAUCGACUUCAGGUGCCCGCAGGACGAGGGCUGGAUGCCGCAGAUCACCCUUCAGAUGGUGCAGUAUAAGAACCGGCAGGCGAUCCUUGCCGUGAAGUCCACCCGGCAGAAACAGCAGCUGCUGGUGGUGCAAAUGCCCGGUCAGAUUCACGGUCAGAAGACGGUGCGCAGCUCUCCAAACGUCGCGUGACUUGUGGAGGAUAUUGGUGCACCAUCACAGGUGCAGAGGAAGCGAAAUGCAUGCGGGGUUCCUGGCUCUGGGGCCACCUGGGAACCCCCUUGCAAAAAAGGACCAAUGUUACAGUUUCCUUUUAGUCCUCCUUGGAUAUUUAUGCAAUGACCGAGGACGUCUGUUGGCAUCAUGGGAGACGAAACGAUGCACAAUGUGGAUUUACUUUGAAAAGUUUAACAGACUCCUGGAGGUAAAAUCCUCCACAUGAAGAAUGUUCUGGAUAUCCAUUCCAUCCUAGGCAGGUUUGAUAUUUCAUACACGGAGGGUCUUCAUGUCUUUAAGCAGUGAGAAACAGAACUAAACCCCCAUGUAGUGUAAUUAUAUCAUUAUGUGUGCAAUGAAAGGACAUCUGUGUGCAUCAAAGGUUACACACUACUCACCAUAAAGGGAUGAAAGAAAAGAAAGAAAAUGUUGACAGACUACUGGAGGUAAAAUCCUCCACAUGAAGAAUGAUUAGGAUAUCCAAUCCCAGGCAGAUUUGAUGUUUCAUACAUGGAGGGUCUUUGUCUCUUUGAUCAGAGGGAAAUAGAUUUGAACUGUAGUGUAAUUACAACAGGAAACAUGAAAAUAUGCUAUAUAUUUUGCAUUUGCCACUCUCAAUGAAUUGUUCAGGCUCGGCAGUUCAAAGCCAUGUUUUGAUUUUCAGUAAAUGCACAUACAAUGACUUCCAAAUUUGCUCUGACAGUCUGACCUAAAGCAUACAGUGACUCAGUAAUAUGUGCCAUAUGCCCAGAAUAUGCAGCUGUACAGGCCAACUGCACAUCUGCAGUUGGCCGCUCUGCUUGGACAACAGAUUUCCAUGCUUGUUGCUCUCUAUGUCACAUGGUGAGCUGUUGUAUGACUGAGGGUUCAACCUGAGAAAACAAUUCUGCUUUUUCGACAUGCUCAUAUUCCCAAUAUGAUUCCCUUUCAAAGGACUCUACUCACAAAGCCUUUCCACGAUUGAGUAAUACUUGUCUUUACUUCCUGAGCAGCAGGUCCAUAUCUACCAUUGUCAUUCCCAUUAAUAAUACUUUUAACUUGCUUUAAAGAAAAGUCUUCAUUAAAUUGAGACUUUUAUAUAACCAGGAACUAGAUUAUUUGAGUAUAAAUAUCUAGUUUUCUGGAACAAUAUGACAUUAUCUUGGUAUCUGACCAAAACAUUUAUUAUUGACCUGAGUUUUUUCUUUAAAUCCUGGCUAUACGACCCUGCUGAGCAAGAAAUACACGUAUCCUCAGUUGAACCUUCACAUACAUUGAGGGGAAAACAGUUGUUCUACUCUGUCAGUGUGUCUGGUUUGAUCAAGACUGUAGGAAUGACUUCAGAAUUGCCUCCUGUGUCACCGUCACUCUGCGGCAGUCCGUCUAAUUGAUUGCCUCCGCAGGUUAAUUGGACGCUCAGCUGGAGGAUGAAUAUUGAUGAUCGCAGAAAUCCAUUCUCCUCCACAUUAAACCAGCGUCUCCUUUUCCAACACACGGACGUAUUUCACUAAGGACUGAUGGACAAAAAGCAUGUGAAAAACAACCGUUCGCUACCGUCCGAUGGGGUUAUCCCUUAUUUAUUAGAUGUAUAUAUAUUUUCUAUAAAAAAGUGUUAUGUUGUUGAUGAUUGUUCAGUGUGUUUGUUGCUAGAGUGGAAAAAGAGCUUCCUGUUACAAACAAAGCCUGUUGGGAAUAAUCUUACAUAAAGUUGUGUUUGGAUGGUUGCUGUAGAGUUACUCACAUUUUUUGAGUAAACCAAAGAAUCAUUUCAUAACAUCUUCUCCCUUGUGCAGUGUUACAGCUCAGAUUAUACUAUUAAUACUAUAGAUAUAUGAUGAGAAACCUGCAUGAGUCUGAUUGCUUGAUUUAAGAGCCACAGUGCAUCUUAGUAUUUUCAUUGUGUGUACAUCAAUCUUCAAUCAUUCAUACAUAACUUUUUCUAUCUUUUGCGAGUCUUAAAUCUGAGUAAGAUACUAUUUAAUUACCCCAGUUUGUUUUCAGUGGCUACAGUAAAGUAAGGUGACCAGAUUUUCAAAAUUAAAACCGGGGACAUUUUGAGUUUUGCGGUCAAUAUGCAUUAACAUAUCCAAUUGUCUUCACUGUUAAAGAAAAAAGGGGGACAAUUCUGGUUUGAUGUAAUUCGAACAUUUGAACUGUUGGAUACAAACAGAAGGACAAUAGAUCAUAUAUGAGACUUCAAAGGUCUUUUAUUUUGAAACUGUACAUCAGAUUGUCCUG